AUGCGGAGCUCCUCAAUUGCACUGCCAGCUCUGCUGGUCAGCGCCGCUGAUCGCGCGGCCGCCUUCUUCCCCAACACCACGGUCCCGACCAACGGCUCCGAGCCUUGUGCUGCUGUCUCUGCUGCUUGGGCUGCCCAGCAUGCGGCCGCUCCGACUGUUACGCCGACGGUAUCGGCGCAACUGGCGUAUGCCUGCCUCAACUCUGUCCCCAUCAUUAAGGAGGCAGCCAUUGAGUUUGUCGACUCUCUGUUCCCUUACCUCGAGUGGCAGACUGGUUACGACCUCUUCGCGGCCCUCUCCAACAUCAGAGAGAACGUACUGAACGACGUCUACCCUGGUGAAUAUGCCUUUCAGGCAGCCAUUUACGAGGAGGUUUUUGGACCCGGUCACGACGGUCAUUAUGUCUACUACCCCGACUUGCUCACAGCUGUCUUUGAAUGGAAACGUGAGCGGGGCCUAGUUUCCAUCAGCGAGGACGGCUCGUCUUUGCCGGUGAUCAAGAUCUACGAGGAAGUAAUCUCGACACCCGAGACUGCGUCCGUGGUCAAGCUCAUCAACGGUAUUGACGCUGCCAAGUACUUGGAGGACACCGUCAAUAAAGCCAACUGGAACCGUGACGCCAACUCUGCAUACAACUCCAUGUUCUUUGAGAUGUCUGGAAAAGCUACUGGUGUCGGCAAAGGCUACUUCAGCUCCGGCGGCCGUAUCCGUUACGUCUACCAAGGAGCCAACACCACCAUCACUUUUGAGAACGGUACCGAGGUUACUUUCGAGAACCAUGCCACCGUCAAGAAGGAUCUUACGGGCGUUGUCGAUGGCCCGUCCUUCUACGCGAAGUUCUGCAACCCCCUGAUCCCUGCGUCCACGACCGCGGCAGGCACCAUCGCCUCUAACGCCACCGCUCCCAUCCUACCUGGCUACCCUGCCCCAGUUGUCACCACUAACGAUGGUAUUGUCUCCGGAUACUACCUCGAGGGUGAAGGCUUCGAGGACGUUGCUGUUAUCGUUCUCACAGCCUUCGAGAGCGAAAGCCCAGCCGAAUUCCAAAAAGCCACCCAAGACUUCUACACUGCGGCUCUAGCGGCCGGCAAGACGAAGUUGGUCAUCGACUUCCAGCAGAACGGUGGUGGCUACAUCCUUCAGGGCUAUGACUUCUUCCGCCAGCUGUUCCCCGACAAGGUCCAGGAUGGCUACUCCCGAUGGAAGGAAAACGACGGCUUCGUUGCUGCAGCUGAGAUUGUCUCUGACAUUGUGGCCGGCAUUGACAUCUACACCAGCAACAACGCCGACUUGAUCAGCCUUGCGGAGAGCUGGUUCAACUGGCGCUACGACUACAACCUCACGAACCAACCUUUCACCUCGUAUGACGCCAAAUUCGCGCCGCAAGUCUUCCAGAACACCUCUUACACAGAGCUGAUGCGCUGGAACCUCGACGACCCCCUCACCACCAUCAAUGCCACUUUCGGCCUGGGCAUCGAAAUCAACGGCUACGGAAACCUCACCGGUCUUCCCCAGCCUUUCGAGGCCGAGAACAUCAUCAUUCUGUACGAUGGUGUUUGUGCCUCGACCUGCACUCUUGCUUCAGAGUUUCUCCGUCUCAGCGGCGGCGUCAAAUCUGUUGCCUUUGGAGGCCUUCCUGUCGAGGGCCCCAUCGAGGGCGUCGGGGGUAUCAAGGGAUCCCAAGUCCUAGACUGGAGCAACAUCUACGACUACACCAGCUUCCUGCUCCCUUACGCCACGACCGCGGAGCAGAAGGCCGCCUUCGCCCGCUACAGCGACCUGCCUCUGAACCGGAGUACGGCGGCCGCGGUCAACGUCCGUGACCAGAUCCUGAGGGACAAUGUCGAAGACGGCAUUCCCGCGCAGUACAUCCGCGAGGAGGUCGACUGCCGUCUUUACUGGACUCUGCCCAUGAUCAGCGACAUCACCGCCGUCUGGAAGGCAACCGCAAACGCCGCCUUCAACGGCGGUAAGUGCGCGUACGGCGGCAUUGCCAAGAGGGAUGUGACGGAGAAGGCCGAGAUCAAGCGCAGAAACUAUCUCGCUGCCUCGCGUCUCCAGGAGCGUGCUGAAUCCGUCCGCCGCGACGCGCCGGCGACUAACAGCCGCUUCUGGCAAGACAAGUACUUGUUGAAGGCUGUCGACUAA